AUGAGUGACCUGGACUCACGGAUCCAGGAGAAGGCGCGACACGUGGACAUGGACAUCUGUCGCCGCAUUGACAUCACGGCCAAACUCUGUGAUGUCGCUCAGCAGCGCAACUCUGAGGACAUGAGCAAGAUGUUCAACGUGAGCUCAGCCAGGUCGCUGCCAGAGAGGGGGGCUGCUUCUUCUGCUGCUGUUAAUGCUGCUGCUACUUCAGCCAGCUGCAGGAGGAAAGAGCGAAAAGUCACGUCUGAUGAGGAGUGUUCUGAGAUGGACGCAGAGCCCAGUCCCACAGACGUGGAGAUGCCUGGUUCGCUCAACAUCACGGACGAAAUGAAGCGGAUGCUCUUCCAGUUCCAUGGCUCAGAUAACUCGUGUGUUGUCAGGCGGGAGACGUUUGAUAUUGACGACGACUGCGACAGCCUGACAUGGGAGGAAAACGAGGACACACUGCUACUGUGGGAGGACUUCACCAACUAUAACGUGCCCAACGCUGUCGCUGUGACAACAGGCCCCACCCCCAGCGACCAGAACGGUGACCUUCCUGACCCCGAGUCUCAGGACGGCAGCCUCGGGAGCCUCAUCGAUGAAACAGAGUCUCUGUUUAAGACGCGAGAGCAGGAGUACCAGCAAACCAUCGGGCAGAUUGAGAUGGAGCUGGCAACAGCAAAGAGUGACAUGACACGGCACCUGCACGAGUACAUGGAGAUGUGCUCCAUGAAGCGCGGGCUGGACGUACAGAUGGAGACCUGCCGGCGCAUGAUCAAAGGCGGUCGCAGCUCCCCUUCCUGCAGCUCCCGCUCCUCUGACUCAGGGAACACUGACGACAUCCAGGAUGAGAUCUCAGACAAGGAUCCAGGACCUGCUGUGAGCUGA